UCUUUCUCUCUCUUUCUGCGAGGCCUAAGCAGCCUGCUCGCCUUCCUGCCUCCUUGCCAAGCGGGGAACCCUUUCGCGGUGACACCAAGGCCGGAAGAGAAAGUGAAGGGAAGGGAGGGAGGGAGGAAGAGAGGGAAGGAGGCAAACGGCGACCGGCAUCGUCGUUGCGGCCUGCGGAGGCCAUGAACGGCUCGGCGAACCCGCUGCUGGACAAGGAGGAGCACCCGCUGCAGCUGGGAGAGAGCUUCGAGCGGCACCCCAAGGCCUCCUUCCACACCAUCCGCUAUGACUUUAAACCAGCAUCAAUAGACACAUCUUCUGAGGGGGAGCUGCAAGUUGGUAAAGGAGAUGAAGUCACAAUUACAUUGCCACAUAUCCCAGGUUCCACUCCUCCAAUGACUCUGUUCAAGGGAAAUAAAAGGCCAUACCAAAAGGACUGUGUACUUAUUAUCAAUCAUGAUACUGGGGAAUAUGUGCUUGAAAAACUAAGCAGCAGCAUUCAAGUCAAGAAGACAAGAGCUGAAGGCAGUAGUAAAAUCCAAGCUCGAAUAGAGCAACAAUCUGCCCGAGCUUCACAACCUUCCACCCAGUUCAGAGCUCCUACAAAGCCAGCAGCUGGUCCCAAAACCUCUCCAUUGAAAGACAAUCCUUCACCGGAACCUCAGCUGGAUGAUAUUAAGAGAGAGUUAAGAGCUGAGGUUGACAUUAUUGAGCAGAUGAGCAGCAGUAGCGGCAGCAGCUCCUCGGAUUCAGAGAGUUCCUCGGGGAGUGAGGAUGAAAGUUCCAGCAGCGGCAAGGAUGAAGCAGCACACCCUUCCCCUUCUCAGCAGUUCCACAACAGGAAUGCAGUUGCUAACGGUACAGGUACCGGCAGGCCGCAAGGAAGCAAUCAUCUCAUGAAUACUCUUAGAAAUGACUUGCAGUUGAGUGAAUCUGGGAGUGACAGCGAUGAUUAGAAUGAGGUUUCUCCUGUGGUUUCCUGUUGCAAAUAUGCAGUAAGAAUGACAUCAAGUGAAAGCUGGUUUGAGACACAGCUGAGCAAACAUGCGAUUUUGGAAGGUGCAAAGGCAGCGAAUGUUCCUGAAGCAAGGCUUAUAUUGUGUUAAUUUUAUGUGCACAUUGUGUAUGUUGUGUAUAUUCUUCUGAAGUUUUUAAACGGAUGUGAAUAUACUAAUAUAGUAAUCUGUGUUCAUUCUGCGCUGACACUCUAUAAAGCUUAAAUAAUAAUAAGUGUGAUGUAAUCCAGUAGAACUCUUGCUUUUAGGAAUAGUUUGGUGCCCUGGCAGUUUUAAAGCAAAAGUUGUCUAUAGUCCAAAUAUAUGCCAGGUUAACCAUUUUGAAAAUCAAAUAGGAAAUGUAGUGCAGAUUUGAAAGGAAGACAUCACAUUGAGAUAUACCAUUAUAUUGGGUUUGCUGAGCUUAAGGCAGAAUUAUGAAUGCCUUGAUGUAAAAACUGUCUGCAGGCAAGGAACCUUUAGUAAACUGGAAGAGCACCACUUCUUCUUUUUGCCUUCUGGAUUCUUGGUAUGCCCCUAAAUGGCUGACAGACCUACAUGUGGAUGGGUAGGCACACUGUUUAAUCUUCUCAUAGAGUAAUAUGAAUUCAUGAAUUUAUUUAGAGGACUAAGUUAAGGCUUUUCUGUUCCUAAAAGCUGAUACAAUAAUUAUUUUUGGUAAUAAUAAUAUUAAAACUUUAUUUAUAUUCCACCCUAUCUCCUCAAGAGGACUCAGGGCGGAUGACAACAAACAAAAAACACAAACAUUCAAUGCCUCAGUACAACAACAAAUGCCAACAUAAUAGCCCAAAGUAAUCCAACAUAUAAAAACAACUUAUAACAUGAUAUCUAUAGAGUAAAUAAAACUUAACCUAUCAAAAAAUUAUAUCUAACAUAAAACCUGAACAUAAAAUAUCAGAAUUAAGGAACACACUGGGAGGAAAUGUUUUCAUACUUUUCUUCUCGUGCUUAAUUAAGUUUUUCUUUCUUUCCUGUAAUGUGUUAUACCAUACAACUUCAUGUAUUUGUUGAUCUUGUGCAGUUUCACCAACUGUUCAAGCAUUUCUUGAUUGUUCGCAGUCAAUUCGAUAUUCGGUCCUGAAGCGGGCGGAUACUAUCUCGGUCAUGUCCUGACUGGGCUUGAUGUUUUUAAUGUGUUUCAGUAAAAGGCAGAGUAUAAACAAACCGAUAAUUGUAACAAGUAGCACUGUACCAAUAGCAUACAACUUCUCUAGGCACCUUUUGGAAAUGUCUAAGAGAAAAAUACUAUGCUGUAUUUCACAGUCUGAGCCAUAAAGAGCAUUAGAUGGCUUUCUCAUCAACAAUUGCUCUGCUUCCUGUGCCAAUAAAUGAAAGCCAACUGUUGCCCAGGCUGGUAUUUGGCAACUGAGAAUAUUCUGCAGGAUGACUGAAGACGAGAUUAUGAUUCCCACUGCCACAGCCAUUACAGCCACCAUACUUAGCUUCCCGGCUGAAGGUGGAAAUGGCAUGUGAGGGGAGGGAGUAUUGUUUAAAAAACAACAGUUUAACUAAGAAGCAUUAACAUUCCCUUUAUGACUUUUGUACAAUAAAUUCUAAAUAUCCCACAACUCCAUUCUCAUAUAAAGGAUGCUCAUUGGUCUGCAGCCUAUAUGCAUGGUGUUGUCUCACAUGCGUCAGGACUUCAUAUUGGCCCAAUCCCAUGUUUUGUGCUUUAAGUUGCUUCGGACUUAGAUUCGCCAUAUCAUGAGGUUUUCUUGGCAAAAUUCAUUGAGAGGGGGUUUGCCCUUGCUUUCUUCUGAAGUUGAGUGUUUCCUUACCUAAGGUCACCCAGUGGAUUUUCAUGGCUGAACUGAAAUUCAAACCCUGGACUCCGAAGUCAUAGUCCAGUGCUCAGACCACUAUACCACACUGGCUUCCAUCUGAGCACAUAAUGAAACGUACUAAUAUAUUUGGAAGGCCCAGAAAUGUGAUACCUUUGUGAUAGUUUUCUUGGAAAUAUGUUUUGUUUUCCCAACAUAAGUAUGGCAAGGAAAUGUUGAAGCUCAUAAUUUCUCAAAUUGAAAAAUAUUUCCCUAUAUGGAGUCCCAGAACAAACACUACCCAGAAUAGAGCUUACUUUGCUUCCACCUAGUAAUCCGUUUUAUCUGCCAAGCUAUGUUGAUCUGUAGUGGGCACAACUUUUCAUGGAUUAUUUGUUAUAAUCUGCAUCAUGUAUGCAAUGUGCAGCAAGAUUACCUUGACCACAGUACAAUAAUUCAAAUAAAAUGCAGAAAUUGAAUGUAGAAAUAAUCAAUGAGCCAAAACUCAUUUAACAAUGGAGAGAUGUAAAAUUCCAAUAAAAUGAAAAAUCAGCAUUUAACUGGUAUCUAAAACUAUGGGCUUGUUGACUGAUGGGAAUUUCUGCUGCUUCAGAGGUCAAGAAUUUUGUCUCCCAUCUGAUUUUUCAAAAAUGCUUCCUCUCAAUCCAAGUGUCUAAUAACUAUGAGAGUUUAUUAUAUUUUAUAGAGCAGGGAGGAAGGAUUGUCUUCCGUAUCUUUACAUCUACACAGUAUAUGUACUUUAAAGACCUUUUGAGUUAAGUGUAGUCUAGUUAUUAAAAUGUUAACAAGCAGGAAUGUGUAUAUUUUGUGUUCUUAAAUGAAGAAAUAUGAGAAACUCUUACGCAUUAUAAAAUACAAACUAUUUUUCUAGAUUAAUCUGAUUUAUAUUGUUACAUUUGUGUACAAUUUUAUGUGUUGAUAGACAAAUGUGUAAAAUAAUGUUUUUUGAGACUGAAAUGGGAUGGACUGAUCAGGGAACUUGUGAAGAAAUAUGAAGAAAAUGUAUAGAUUUCUUGGGAAUCCCAUGGAACCUCAGCUGUAGACUGUCAUUUAUCUCUCAUUCCAUAUUUAAGGAUGAGAGGUUUUUAGGCGUGUUCAAUCUGAGGUCUUUGCUUUAAUGAUCUCUUGCUUUACUUUGCUUUAUUAGAGCAAGAGAUCAUUAACUUUGCUUUAAUUAUCUCUUGCUCUAGCAGGCAAAAGAAAACAGAUAAAAUUCUACUUCUAAUUAAAUAAAGGUGCCUUAGUUGUAUAUGAAUUUAAGCAGAGAUCCAUGUUUUCAUUUGAAGUUCUGCCAUUUUGCACAAUUGUUGUACCAAAGUUAUAAUCCCAUCUUCAAAAUACCUGUGGAAAAGACCAGUAGCAUACUUUGGUGGCACAAACUAUAACUGACUGUUACACAGAUGAAGCAGCAAUAUGGCUGUGGCACUUGAGGAAAUGUCUCUCAUGCAUGCUUUUGUGCCACUCUUGAAAAGUAAUAGGUGGGCCUUGUAUGGAUGUUGUCAUGAUAAUCGGUAGGCUGAAGGAGAAACUCUCAUUACUCACUGCUAGCAUGGAACUGGGAGGGACAGAAUCAGAGGCCUAGAAUUUGGAAAUACUGCUUAUUUUGGAUCCUAGGCCACAAAAUCCUUGACUUGAGGAUUCUGGAGGUUGUGACAAAAAAAAAACUGUGUUAAAACCAGGUAAGCUUUAAGAAUCAAGUGAGGUAGAGCUUAGCCAACUGUGCUUCUCUUAACUCGUGCAGAAACUGCUGUAGCUAAAAUUAGUGUAAUACAUUCAUGUGAGUGCUUUGCUAUUUGAAUUUUAGGAUGCUUGGCUCCAAAAUGUUCCACACCAUAGUGAAUUAAACUAUCCAUACCAAAUAUUCUCCACAUGCUUGGCUUUCUAACUUCCUAACAUAAUUGGGAAAAAAAUCAGUAUUUUUUCCCCUAAACGUUGCAUUCUUCUGAAACUUCGUAAGCAUAUAGAUAGGGUAGUUCACAAAUUCAGAAUGUAGAGCUCAUCAGAAUGUUGUUUUUAAGCAGGUUUCCAAGCCUUAUAGCUAUAAAAGUUAAGCAUUAUUUUAAUAAGCAUUCUGCAAAGAUGCAGCACACGUUUUCAGUAGUGAAAGGACAAGGCUUUCGUAUCUGAUAGUGUUUAUUGUUCUCCAUGGCUACUUGCAGAGGGCAAGUACAGUAUAGUAAUAUAAUGAAUCACCAAUAUCUUCUACACAUUAACUUUACCAGAGUGUAAUUCUGACUUAGCCUAUGUGGAUUGUACUGCAAAUAGUUUACAUUUUGAUGUUCUGUGUAUCAACAUGAAGAAAAUAUUUGCUCCAAAAGCUAAAUAAAGAUUGAAGUUGUAUUAAAUUUGUAUGGAAUAUGCCUGUGCAAUGGAACUUUUGUAUCAGUUCGCUAUCUUCUUAAAAGAUCAUGCUUUGCGUAAGUCUCAUACCAAUUGAUUUAAAAGGCUGUGGUACCAGAUUGGCCAUGUACAGAGCAGAAUUGAAGCAACCGAGACCUAUUUCAAGCAUUAAAGAGGUCAAAGUAGAACUAAAGCUUAUUUCAGAUAUACUAUUUUUGUGUAAUAUACUAUUUUGAGAUCGUAAAUAUAUUUGCCUCGUUAGUCUAAUAAUAUAUGUUUACAUUUAUGUAAAUUGUAUAUACACCUAAUUGUACAUUUUGUAGUAAUUUUUCUUUUAAAGAUUUUAUUUAAAUAAAAAAUGAACUUCAGCAAUCUAAA